AUGGCUUCCAAUGGCCGCAACCCGAGCAAACCCCCUUCUCCUGAGCCGAUACCCCUGCAAGACCUCUCAUGGCCUCCCGAUGGCCAGCAAUCGAAUUCUGGCGACACUGGUUUGAGCUCCGGCAUCGGGAGGUCGCGAUCUUUGUUACGGGGAACAACGAAUUUGGGGGCUGAGAUUGGGAGGAAGAUUUCGUUACAUAGGCAUAGGAGAAGCUAUGAUAGAGUGCCGGAGGAGAGAUUGCCGCCAAGGCCGGAGGUUCCCGAUCUACUACUUCCUCAAUACGAUGAUGGUGAAAAGGAGGCGCCAAAUGUUGUUGAGUUUGCGGAAGGAUUUGUGGAUGCGUCGGGGGAGCUGAGUGGAGGGAGGAGGGGUAGCUGGCUAUCCCCUCGGAACUUGGAGCGAACGAUAUCGCCAUGGGCGGUAUCGGAUGAUGAUGAGCCGUCUCCCGGUCGUCCAUAUUACGGCGUUGACGACGAUGAUACCGCUAGACUGACAGACCCGAGCAGUGUGCAACCGAUGAGUGGGUCUGAUUUGAGCCCCGGGCAUACGAGCCGAUCGAUGAGGUUUGGGCCUGGACCGUCAUUGGGCGAUGAUUUACUUUCCGCCGAAGAGGGCACGAGCUCGGGUCUAAGCAGGGGGAAGGGGGGGACACGCUCGAGGUCCGGGUCUGUUGCUGGCGGUGCUCCAUCUAGGUCAGGAUCGUUGUCGAGGAACCGAUCUUUAUCACCCGGAUCAUCACCAGUGAAGCGGGUUUCCGUCGCUGUCCAGAAUAUGUCACAGCGAGUAGUUAAUCUUAGCAAUGAUCCGGAAGCUGUUACUCAAGGCCUGCGCCGAAGGAGUUCUUCAAAAUCCCAUGCCGGUGGACCGCUCCGUCCCGGCAUACCCGCCAUCCAAUUCCACCUUCAUGAUGACUUUGACGCCUCUGAUCCUGAGGAAAAGCCCACCGCUCCUCUUAGGAGGCCGGAACACAGCCCAGGCGAGGGCCCAUGGCGUGUCAAUUCUAAUCCACUAAGAGGAAAUACCUUGCGCAUUUUUUCUCCCACCAAUCCUUUGCGACUUUUCUUAUGUGAUGUACUAGUUCACCCGUAAGCCACCUAUCUUAGACCGUAACGUUUAA